AUGCAUUCUUUAUCAAUUUUUAAUGGCAGGUACAUUGCUUAAAAGAAGCUAUCCUCAGGUAGUUUUGGUGUAGUUUUAUUGGGAAGAGACAAAGAAAACAACAUUGAUGUAGCCAUAAAAAUAGAGAAAGAAGAAAAUCAAGAAGUUAAAUCUCUAGAAAGGGAAGUGUAGGUUUUAUAAAGGUUAGCGAACACAGAAGGAGUCCCUAAUCUCUAUUGGCAUGGCGAGUAGGACGACUACAAUAUCAUCAUAAUAUAGCUACUUGGGAAGGAUCUCGCCUAUUAUAUGAAGUAGAAAAGGAGGUUUUCUGUAAAGACAGCGAUUUAAUUAGGAAUAUAAAUUGUUAAAGUUUUGGAAAGAAUUCAUUAGAAAGGUGUUGUGCAUAGAGAUCUGAAACCUGAAAACAUUUUAUUUGGCUUAGAUAAUGAGUCUUCCAAAAUAUAUGUUGUAGAUUUUGGAAUCAGUAAAAUAUAUUUAGAUAAGAUGGGGAGAAUCAUGUAUUGUUAUGCUUAAUUUUAGUCCCUUUCGAGACGGAACCUCUUUUAUAGGAACCACCAGAUAUGCAUCCAUUGCUGCUCACAAAGGAUACGAAUUGAGUAGGAAGGAUGACUUGGAAUCUCUUAUGUAUGUUCUAUUGUACUUUAUUAAGGGGUAGAAAUCUUAUAAAUAUAUAAAGUCUAGGCAGCUACCUUGGCAAAAUAUGCAGAAUGUCACCGAUGAGGAGAGAACGAACAAAGUUGGAGAAAUGAAAAUGACUAUCGACCCAAGAGAACUGUGCAAAGAUGUACCCAUCGAAUUCCCCAUUAUCCUUGAGUAUCUAAUCCAUUUAUCUUAAGAUAUUUGAAGACCUUGCAAUAUCGGAGCGAACCUGAUUAUAAUUACAUUUACAACCUAUUCCAAAAGUCAGCUAACAGCCUAGGGAUUGUUUUAGAUUAUACCUAUGAUUGGGAGAUGCCUUCUCAAAGGAAGAUCUCGGCAAAUGAAAUGGUAAAAUCUUAAGAAAUGAAAAGAUCGACAACUCUUAAUCAAGCUUUAUUACCUCCCAAUCAGUAGGAAAUGAAGAAAUCCCUUGAGAAGGGCAAUACAAAUCUCAUGAGAUAAUCAAGCAAUAACAAUUUCUUAACUCCUCCUCAAAACAAUUAAUUGUAACCUCCUCUUUUGAGAAGAUCUGAUUCUCAAUAACCUAGUGUUGCUUCUAAUUAAGGUAGUGCCAUGCUUAGCACUUAUAAUUCCAGAAGACCAAAAUAUCAAAAAUCUAUAGUUGCCUUGGAUUAAUUUGAAGAUGUAAAAAAAAGCAUUGAUAGCAUUUAAUUAGAAAAUGGAAAUGUAGACAAAUUGUAAACUGAUGAAUAAAAGUUUCAUAAAAUUCUUAAUGAAAGUCUCUAAAAACCUCAAAUUUCAAAUAUUCAAUAAUCACACUACUACUCCGAAACGGUAGGUUGGAAGGACUCAAUUUUUGAAGAGAAUUAUUUAGAUGAUCCUCUCUCUAAAAAAUAUGGAUUACUCAAAAAUAAUGGAGUCGAUAUGUAUUUUUUUUAAUCAAUUAUUUAGAGGCAAAAAACUUUCAUUGAAAAAUAAUAAAAUCAAAUUACCAAAGAAAAAGAAUUGA